UUGUCAGCCAAUAAGAAUGAGCCACAACAGAGGAAUUCACCAACCGGCAAGCAUCGUUUUCAGACACAUACAGAAACACGAUAAGUUCCACAAUAAAUUCGCAUCCGCACAAUAUUAUAUAUUAGGCUUGAUAAUACACAGGAAACCAACUGAUUUAAUACAUGAGAGCGUUAACUAACGCAACUAGCAAUUAGCAAUUCUCUCACUGUUGUCAAUAUGUGGUAGCACCUAAUGCUAAAUACUAGCUGGACACUUCACUCCCCAACAAAGUUAUCAUGGGUCUAAGUUAAAUUUAUUUUGAAAUUCCGAAAUAUACAGUUUGAUAUGCGAGAAACGUCUGGAUUAUAUAAAAUGGAUUAUGGUUACCGGUAGUUAUAACACUGCAGCUAACCUUACUCAACACUACUGGCUAAGUUGACAUUGCAGCUUGAUAACUUAAUUAUGGCAGCUGUUUGGCGAAACCCAAUCAAAAAACUACCUCAGCGAGCUUACUACAUAACUUCGCUUCCAGCAGCGAGUGAACUGGCUCGCUAGUUACCUUCGCCACUUUAAAAGCCACGUCUCAUACCAGCAGUUAGCUAGCAGCUAUCUGUCCCAGCGACAGGCUACCUAACGUGAACUACCUAACGUUCGCUUGUAGCCAAAAAGCUGUUAGUGUCCCGAGGCUGAAAUGCAUGUGCUUACCAGCAAUAUAACCGUGACGAAGCGGAUAUCGAGGGAGGGAGAUAUUGCUAAUAGUUUCAUUGUACAAUGUAGUUAUUGGAGGUGGUGGUGUUGAGUCUUCCCAGUCUGUCUCGACGCCGCUUUUUUUUCCAGCAGCAGGAAGCCGACGGCGAACCAACCUCACUGUGACCACGGAAACUGUUUUAUCACCCAGACGGUGGCGAUUCAGCGGGACUCCUUGGAAGAAAACUUUUCUGAGAUUUUCGUCUUAAAGAAAAGGGAAUCAAACGGAGCCAGGAUCAGGGCAGAUAGGGGACCUGGACGUACAUGCACACCUAAGAAGGAUGCACUGAACUGGGAAACAUCUGCUGAAGUGUCACCCUCAACACAGCUAUGGCCUCAGCGAUGUCUAGCCCGGGACCUGCGUCUGUGGGCUCGCAGGUCCAUGCUGCAGCUGUUAAUGGAGAUAGGAGCACCCUCCUCAAACUCGUCACAGCAGAUCCCUCACUGCGGGACCGCGAGGACCAGUUUGGCCGGACCCCUUUGAUGUACUGUGUGCUGGCCGACCGCCUGGACUGUGCAGAGAUUUUGUUGAAGGCCGGAGCCUCGGUCAACAAGACCGACCACAGCCAACGCACCGCUCUGCACCUCGCCGCUCAGAAGGGGAAUGCGCGUUUCCUGAAGCUUCUGCUGUCCAGGCGUGCCAACUGGCUGCAGAAAGACUUAGAGGAGAUGACCCCGCUUCACCUGGCCACCCGACACCCCUCUCCAAAAGCUCUCGCCCUGCUGCUCAAACACAUCGGACCUGGAGAGGUUGAUACACAAGAUAAGAACAAGCAAACUGCUCUCCACUGGUCAGCGUUUUAUAACCGACCGGAACAUGUUCGCCUUCUGAUCAAGCAUGAUUCCAACAUUGGCAUCCCAGACAGCGAGGGAAAGAUUCCUCUGCACUGGGCAGCACACAGUCAGGAGCACAGCGCUACACAGACUGUCCGCUGUAUACUGGAGGCAGCUCCCACUGAGUCCCUAUUGAACUGGCAGGACUAUGAGGGACGGACCCCCUUGCACUUUGCUGUUGCAGAUGGUAAUGAGGCAGUGGUGGAGGUGCUGACGUCUUACGAAGGCUGUAAUGUGACAGCUUAUGAUAACCUCUUCAGAACACCGCUGCACUGGGCGGCUCUGCUCGGCCAUGCCAGAAUCGUCCACCUGCUGCUGGAGAGAAACACAUCAGGCACCAUACCCUCAGACAGCCAGGGAGCAACACCUCUGCACUACGGUGCUCAGAGCAACAAUGCUGAGACAGUGGGUGUGUUCUUGUCCCACCCAUCUGUGAAGGAUGAACCAGAUCUGGAGGGGAGGACGGCCUUCAUGUGGGCCGCUGGGAAGGGCAGCGAUGAUGUCAUCUGCACCAUGCUGGCCCUCAGCCCUCACAUUGACAUCAACCUGGCUGACAAGUAUGGAGGCACCGCGCUCCAUGCGGCCUCCCUGUCAGGCCAUGUGAGCACAGUGAAGCUGUUGUUGGAGAAGGGAGCGAUGGUCGACUCUCUUGAUGUGAUGAAGCACACGCCGCUGUUUCGCGCUUGCGAGAUGGGACACAGAGACGUCAUACUCACACUCAUCAAAGGUUCUGCACGCGUGGACCUGGUAGACGUGGAUGGUCACACUGCUCUGCACUGGGCUGCUCUGGGAGGGAAUGCAGAGGUCUGCCAGAUACUGAUGGAGAAUGGAAUUAGUCCGAAUGUGCAGGACCAGGCAGGACGGACUCCUCUGCAGUGUGCUGCUUACGGUGGCUACAUCACCUGCAUGGCUGUUCUCAUGGAGAAAAAUGCUGAUCCAAACAUACAGGACAAGGAGGGACGGACUGCUCUCCACUGGUCAUGUAACAAUGGCUACCUGGACGCUGUCAAACUGCUACUGGGCUACAAUGCCUUUCCUAAUCACAUGGAACACACUGAGGAGAGGUACACCCCUCUGGACUACGCGCUGCUGGGGGGGCACAGCGAGGUGACUCAGUUCAUGCUGGAGCACGGUGCUCUGUCCAUAGCAGCCAUCCAGGACAUUGCUGCUGCCUCCAUCCAGGCUGUCUACAAGGGCUACACCGUCCGCAAGGCCUUCAGGGAGAGAAAGCAGCUCCUCAUGAGGCAUGAGCAGCUGCGCAAGGAUGCAGCCAAGAAACGAGAGGAAGAACAGCGGAGGAGAGAAGCUGUACGGAAAGUUUCUGUGGCCACUACAGAGAAACGGAGGGUCUCUUUGGUGAGAAUGGAGCAGGAAAAGACUUCAUUAGUGAACAUCAUGGAGGACUUAUCCAUGAAUGACUCGGUGGAGGAAACAAAGAAAUCAUCCAAAGCUGAACACACUAAGAGCAAAGAGGAGAGACACAAAGCCCACAAGAGCAGAUCCUCCAGAAGGAGUAAAGCAGCUGAACCGCAUGAGCUUCCUGAUGCUUUGAGCUGCCACUGUCACGUCACUGGUGACGCUGUGCCCGGUGCUCUCCAGACCACCAGGCUGAAGGAACUUCUCUCUCCUGCCAGCUGCAGCCAGCCACCCAGCCUCCAACCCCGACCCCCCUGCACGCCCAAAGUCAGGGAACGACCUUCCUCAAUCACAUGCACUCUGUCUGCAGCCGUCUCCGCGACAGACCAAACUGACACUAUUACCAGAGAAUGCACUCCUGUAAAGCUAGGGGAUGCUCACAUGAGUGUGCAGACCUCCCCUGGCAAGACUGAUGCCCACACCUCUCCACAAAAGCACCGAAACCACAAGGAGCAGACUCCAGUAAAGGCCGCCACCAAAGACCAAACUCACACUCCCUCAUUAAGAAGCAGUUCAUCUGUAGACCACAAAAGCCCUUUGAGAAAGACUCAGUCUGGGCCACAUGCCUCUAUCUCAACACGCACACACAGGGAACACAACAAAGACCAGCACAGGAUGAGGAGCGAGGCUGCACGCAUCAUCCAGCGAGCUUGGCGAAGGUUCUACGCACGCAGGCGGAGGAGAGAAGUGAAGAAGGCCUGCAAAGAGGUGGAGUUGAGUGAAUCAAACCACGCCCAUAACAGGAAGAAGAUGGAAGGCCGAGCUCAGCCCGCUAAACUGUCAGCGAGUAAGAGCUCAGUGCUGCAAAGUAUCUAUGGCAACUCUAUGGCCAGACGUGGGCGUUCACUUCGGGGCUCUCAGUCUCAGAUACUCCUGGACAUGCCACUACGCACCCAGAGCCAGCUGAGCGGUAUAGACUGUGUGCACCUGACAGAGGCAGUGAAUCAAGCCAAGCAGUACUCCUACCACCUGAGACCACAUAGUGCUGGACAGGGCAGCCGAGGCCGGGGAAAACACUGAAACCACAUAUACACACACAUACACACACACCUCGUGCUCUUUGAUGUUUUCUCAGCUGGUUGGCCGCCUUACUGCUAUAGAAUUACUACACACAUUGUCCACUCAUUGUGCCAAGCCUUCUAAAAUUAAGCCAUAUGACAUCAGAGCCAUGACCUCACAGGGUGGGGUUAAGUCUACAGAAAUGGUGUGUGUAAAAGAUAACCUUUCAUCCAUUGUGGAAGGGAACACAUACACACGGCUUGCCCCUCGUUCUCCAUCGCUCUCGCACACACACUGAGAUAACCUUUCCUCCUGUUGUGGAGAAUGAGGCAGUCUAUCAACAGCCGGUCAUACAGAUAGCCCACCUGCAGUCCUGGACAGACACAUACACAUACACACACACGCACACACAGCUACACAGAGAGACUGGUCUCCUACUGCUUUCCCUCUCAAGAGAACUAUGUAUGAAUUUCUUAACUAUGCAGUUUUUAUUUACUUUAACAUGCAUUUGCACAAAAAUAAUCCAUAUUGUGUAAUUGUAGGUGUAUACAUACCUCAGCAUUUGUUGGUUUUUAUCGUUUUAUAAAAAAAAUUAAUAAAAAUUGACACAAAAGGCA